UCAUGACGCACGGAGAAAGGCACUACAUGCAGUCGGCAGAAAUUGUAUACGCCUGCGCGGCGCCCUUGACAUGCUGCUGUCUCGCUGCUUUAAAACAGCUGCACUUUAAAGGGUUAGCCGCUGGAUGUCAACCAAGACGACCCGAUUAUUAUUUAUACACCAGACAUAUAUAAAUACACAUGUAGUAUCCUUGAGGAAGUCUUAGAUGUACCAGCCAGGAUAUCGGCUGACCGUGAGUACACGCAAUGCAUUGGACGAGCCGAUUCUCUUGAAGUUUACCGGACAAUAUUUCAUUCUCAAUAUUUCACGCGGCUUAUGAAGACGUCCGCACUAGAUAACCAAGUCUCUGAGAUGAUCCAUUUUUGCAAUGGCGAGGGGUCUGUUUUCUCGGGCCUGGAUGUUAAAGACUUACCAGUUUCAGGCUCGAUUGUCUUAUGUUCGAGUGAAGCAUCUCUUGCUCACCUGGCUUGUGGUGUUUGUGGGCAGUUGGGUUGUUUAUGUGCAAUACUCUAGUUACAGUGAGCUGUGCAGAGGACGAGAAUGCAAGAGCAUUAUUUGUGACAAAUACAGCAAAGGAAUUAUUGAUGGCUCUGCAUGUAGCAGCUUGUGUGAAGAAAGCUCACUAUACUUUGGAAGGUGUCUCUCCACCAAGUCAAACAAUCAGGUGUAUACAGGCAGCUGGGGUGACCAGAAUGGGGUCAUAAAGUGCCAGCUUGGUGACGUUCUGCACUAUGAACUGGGAGAAGAGCUAGAGCAAAAGAAAGAGAUUGCACUCUUUGAAAAACCCACUCGUGGAACCUCUGUAGAAAAGUUCAAAGAGAUGGUUGCCAGUCAUUUAAAGGCAAAGGUGGGAGAGCUGGCCAACCUCUCUAGCCUGGUAACCCUAAUUCUUUCAGUGGCAGACAGCAAUCGAGAUGGCCAUAUCUCUCUCCCAGAGGCCAAAUCUGCUUGGGCUUUAUUGCAGCUCAAUGAAGUCCUACUCGCAGUGGUGCUCCAAGACCGGGAACACACGCCUAGACUUUUGGGCUUCUGUGGAGACCUAUAUGUGGUAGAGAGGGUGCCUCACGCUCCGCUGUACGGCAUCAGCCUUCCAUGGCCCAUGGACCUGUGGAUCCCUACGGGUAUGCGGCGAAGGAUGGACCAGUGGUUCACACCUUCAUGGACUCGUAAGGCCAAAAUCUUUAUCGGCUUGCUGGAACUUAUAGAAGACAUCUUUCACGGUACCUUUGGCAGCUUCUUAAUGUGUGACAUGAGAGCCAGCACUUUCGGUUACACCGAUCGGCAUGACCUCAGGCUGGUAGACGGGCAGCGCGUGGUAGCCGAAGAGGCCUUCAAACAGGCUAUGGUUCUCAAGCGUUGCCAGGAUGACGAGGAUUGUGUGUAUGGCGUGGACUGUCGGACUUCGUGCGAUCAUGCUGACCACCAUUGCACGGCCGACGUGGCUCAGCCCAACUUGGCCAGGGCUUGCGGAGCACUAAAAGAUUACCUAUUAAGAGGAGUUCCCUAUCAUCUACAAGAAGAGCUGGAGAAGCAGUUAUACGCCUGCAUUGCUCUUAAGGGUUCAGCCGAGCAGAUGGAAAUGGAGCACUCGCUUAUUCUCAACAACCUCAAAACAUUGCUGUGGAAACAGAUCUCACACACUAAUGACUCCUGAAAAAAAUAAGCUACAUCGGUGACAACAUUCAAAAGCUUGAAUGUCGCAUCAGAUUCAAUUAUUAGGAAUCUGGCUGGAAGUACAAUGCUGGUUGGAAUGCUAAUUUUGCCUUCAUUUUGAUAGGCUCAAGAAGUGAGACUGGUAGGGAUAUUCAUUGCUGCUGUGAUACAAAGUUGUUUUUCACAAAAUGGUGACAAGAUAUGCUCAGGCUCACCAUUUCGAGUAACAUUCACAUUUCUAUUUUGUCUCUCCACACUAGUUAAUUGGUGAUUAUGCUUAUUUUAUAUUUCCUUCAAGUGUUAUGAAGGAGCAAAUGACUUUGCAUCCAUUGUUGGAUGUUAACAAAACGCUAAAGAAUGCACUCACCACCAACUAUGGUUGUGUAAAUUGUAUUAUAGUUUUUCAUUAAUGAGCACAGCAAAAAGAGCCAUAAAGGAGCCAUUCUGAAAUGGACAUGAAAAUGCCUUGAUAUGCAUGUUGCCAGUGUGUGUGUUUCAAUUUUCUUUUCAUUGCUCGUACUCCCACAACUGAAGGACACAAAAAUAUUGACAUAGAGCAGAGCAAGAUUGCACAGCACAGUUCAAAUUCAAAUGUUUACCAGAUGAAUCAAGUUUAAAGGUGCAGUGUGUAAAUUUGAGCGGCAUCUAGUGGUGAGGUUGUGAAUUGUAACCAACAGCUCAGUCCACUGCUCACCCCCACUUUUGAAACACAUAGAGAAGCUACGGUAGCCGCCACCGGACAAACAUGUCAUUGUCGGAGACAACUUCGUAAAAAAAGUUUGUCCGUUAAGGCUUCUGUAGAAACAUGGCGGCACAAAAUGGCGACUUCCAUGUAAGGGGACCCUCUGUGUAUGUAGAUAAAACGUCUCAUUCUAAGGUAAUAAACACAUAACGGUUCAUUAUGAAAGGUCUUUAUACACCCCUGAUAAUUUAGUUUUUGUAUAUUAUUUUGCAUUUCUGUCAAGAGAUUCUUCUAAAAUUACACACUGCACCUUUAAGGCCUUUAUCAAUUAUGAAAGUCCAUAGCAUUGUUGGUCUGUUAUUUAUUUUAAAUUAUUUUGGUUUGUUGGCAUCCAAGUCUGUAAUCAGAAGUAGGUCGCUGUAAGUACCCAUGCUAAUUUUAGGGGGCGAAAAUCUGCUAAAUGAAUUUAAACUUAAAUCACGAACUGUCACCUUGACUAAAAUUAUGCAAAAGGUUGGGGAAUGUGUAAACUUGUUUUUUUUUUAGUAUAGCCAUUUUAAUCUUGAGUAAAUUUCUGUAUAGUUCUGCAGUAAAAUAUUUCAUAGGCCUGUUCUUAAGGCAUCCGUAAAAUUACUUUUCAAGCUAAAUCAGUAUGAAAUGUCUAUCGCCACCAUCAUUCAUGAUCUACAGUACUAACGAAGAGAUUUAUGCUUUCAGUGAUUACAGAUAAAAUUUUCAGUAGAAUGUUAUGGAUUGUAUACAUGCCAGUUUGUUCCUUUUUGUGUGUUGAUGAAACGCAUUGCUGCUGAUUGAGAGUUACAUUUUUUUUUUAUAUAAAUAUUUGAUUGCAUGACUUUGCACAUUAAAAAUGUUUCAAAUA